AUGCCAACCACGUAUCAUCCAAGAACGAAUCGACCACCUCCACCACAAACUCUUCAACCUUCCCCUGCUGAACACCCCAAACCCCGUCAUCAUAUCCCAGACCCUUCAUCCUUUCCUUCCCUACAACCUCCAAUUCCCAAACCCCGUCCAACCCCCCCGACCCCUAAGGUUAUUCCCUCAACCUCUCAGUCAACUCCCCCAACCCCUCAGGUUACACCCCCAGCCUUUGCACCGCCGACAACGCCGACUCCUGCUCGUGUUGAAGCAGGAACUCAGACGGAAGAAGAAGCCACGAUCGAAGAAAUGGAAAUCCAGACACCGGCUGUAGCUCCCAUUUUGCACAAGGAAAUGGGAACACAAACGGAGGAGUUCCCAGUUAAAAAAGACAUGGAUGUCUAG